AGUCUCAUGCGCUCAGGAGUUAGACAGAGACGCAGUUACCGCACGAAAAACAGCCGAAUUUACUCUCGAGGACCAGCCCCGCUCUUCAAUUAGUGUCUUGGGCGCUAAUGAGGUUUUUAACACAGCAUUCAAACUUGUUAAUGAAAUAGUGCCGUUUCGUGACACUGAUUUUGCGCAACUGCUUCCCUUUGAUUUGGCGCCAGAUUUGCUGGGGAAUAAACGAUGAUUAUCGAGGUGCUCUGUUCCUAUGAAAUGAUUUGGAUUGCGUCUCGCAUUUUUGGAGGAAUUCAGCAUUGAACGCAGUACGACGUUUUCUGGACAACUUUGGUGCCAGUGGACACGGGCAGUCGCGAAAGUCUUUUACUGCCUCGAGAUUGUUGGUUCUAAGCAGGAUGGACCUCAUCGGGCUCUAUUUGUUCCAGCUGGCAAUUCUUGGGGUGUCACGGCUGGUGUCCGGGGGCCGGUGGGACUGUCUGACUGCGGGGGAUUCAUGCUCCAGCGACGAGGCAUGCAGCCCACGCUUGAGAACGCUGCGGCAGUGUGUUGCAGGCGGUGGAAGUGUGAAGCUGGGACCGGGUGCACGCAACCACUGUGAGAACGCAGUGACGGCCCUGCUGUCCAGUCCCCUACACCGAUGCCAGUGCAAACGGGGUAUGAAGAGAGAGAAAAACUGUCUUAGCAUCUACUGGAGUCUCAAGCAGUCCGUGCUGCACGGGCUGAGCCUGGUGGAGAAUUACCCCUAUGAGCCUGUCGAGCGAGGCUUUGAUUAUGUUCGCCUGGCCUCCAUUGCUGCAGAGUCUGAGGUGGGUAUGACAACAGUGAACCGUUGUUUGGAUGCUGCCAAGGCCUGUAAUGUCGAUGAGACGUGUCAGAAACUACGCACGGAGUAUGUGUCGGCGUGCAUCGCCCCAUCAGCACGAGCCGGGCCCUGCAACAGAGCACGCUGCAGCAAAGCACUGAGGAAGUUCUUUGACCGCGUGCCACCCGACUACACGCAUGAGCUACUCUUCUGUCCGUGCUCUGACACGGCAUGCGCAGAGAGACGACGCCAGACCAUUGUGCCUGCAUGCUCGUAUGAAGAAAGGGAAAAACCCAAUUGCCUGGCUCAACUUCGAGUUUGCGAGGCCGACUAUGUGUGCAAGUCUCGCUGGGCUCAGUUCCAGCACGACUGCCAACCCUCCGAGCUCACUGCCAGCGGCUGCCAGCAAGAAAAUUAUGGAGCCUGCCUUGUUGCGUACACCGGCCUGAUAGGUGGCAUUAUCACUCCAAACUACCUAGAUAACUCUACAUCCAGUGUGGGACCAUGGUGCUCUUGUGUGGCUAGUGGGAAUUUCCGAGAUCAGUGCAACCACUUCCUCAGCCAUUUCCAUGACAACAAUUGCUUGAAGAAUGCCAUCCUAGCUUUUGGGAAUGACACAGAUCUGAAAUCUGCGACAAACCAAGCUUUGGGCUCCAACACCAAGCAGAUCUCAGUUACCAGCUCCGAGACCACCACUACCACCAUUGGUUCUGGCAUGGAGACCGAGCAGAACAUCCUGCGUCCACAGAUUCCCACACAGAUGAAUGAGAGAGACAGACUGUGGGGGGAUUCCACGCCCCCGUCCCCUGAUCCCUAUGACGCCAGUCCUGGAGCAGCCCACCUGACCAUGGUAAUGUGGCUCCUCCCCUUCCUGCUGCUGGCUCUCCAACUUUAAAAUCAAGCAACCAAUCAAAGCACCACAGAACUGGGACAGCGUGAGUGUGUUCAUGAGUUUCGACUUCCGCAUCACAAUAAUUCGGUCGGAGAGGACGCAAGAACUGCCAAACUCUCUAAAUGUAUGAAACCCUGUUCCAUUCCUCAAUGCAACAUAGUGAUUUAUUGUCUGGGUGUUCACAAUGACGGACUUCAAGGGUUUAAAUAAUUGUGUGUCUCACUCUCUUAAUUUGGACUUAAGAUGGUGCCCAUAUGAAAUACAACCCCCCUCUCUUCAAAGCAAGUGCUUGAAAGGUAGUCAACAGGUGGACAAUGUUACACAUUUCACAACAAAAAUCAACAACCACAAAAAUAAUAUCAAAUCAUCCAUAAUUGAAUAUCUAUUUGAACCCAGCUCUUCCGAAUGGACGGUGUUGGUACGUGUGUUUUGUGAUGUUUGCUUGAAGAAGCACAUGAACAAGUGGUAAGAGAAAGGAAACUGGGCUCUUUCAUGAGCUUCAGUUGGUUACAGAGACUGUCUUUAUUUUUGUAAUGUGGCUGUAUUGUUUAAAUGUUCAUCCCACAGGCUGUUUCUCCCAGCAGUCUUGGAGUGGAGUGCACGUUUGCUAAGAAAAUGGCAGGGAUAUGAAGAGCAGAAGAGUUAUUUCUUGAGUCUUUAUGAAUGCCAUGAUCACCUGAGCAGUUCUUGUAUACUUCACCUGUGAAUAUGGGUGCCUGAAAUACUGCUUAUGCAAAACAGAAAAAGAAGCACAAACCCUGUUAAACGAAACACUUCCUGUUUAUGUGAAUUCAAGCAGCUUUAUCCCAUCUCCUUACUCACUGUUUGUCUCAGCCAAUCAAAAUGAGCACAAUGAGGGUCCAUUGAUUCUCUCAAGUGACUGACGGCAGUUUUCAGCGUCCCCAUCCUAUGAGCACUCGCCAUCUGCAGUUGUGUUGCUUUUUCAUUCUCAAUUGUCCUGUGAUUACAAACAAGGCGAGUAAAAAAAGUAAAUGCGUUGACCCCAACAACCUCUAGAGACUACUGACCAAUCAGUGACCUGCAUCACAAAACGGGGCAAGACAUUUCUCUCAAAUGGGUGGAAAUUGUGGAUUUUACUUGUUAUUUCAUGAAAAAUAAACCUGCCAGAUACUGAUGUACAGAAUAAUGCUUGUGUGUCCAAAUAUGUACAUGAAGUGAGUAAGAUCAUACAGUUUGUUAUGAUCCAGCAAAAAUCUGCAUUGAUUUUUUGGGGGAAAACCCAAGCGGUCGAUUUUAAUGUGGUAAAAUAUGCUAUAAUUAUCAUUGACAAUAGUUAUAUGGAAAAUAAUAGUCAGAAGAUUUUCCAAUACUUAAAUGCAUUUUUGUUUGCCCCACAGAAGAAAGGCAUACAUGUUUGAUUUGGGAUAAAUAGUGUGAUAUUUAUUUCUUAAAGGGAGAUGAAAGCUUUACCAAAUUUUACCAAAUUAGCCAAAAGUGGCAAUAUAGGGGCUUCGUGAACGACUGAUGUUGUAAUAAUGCAGGAAUCUUCAAGUUCUGGGCGUGCAGAUUGUGUGGGGACCUGCCGAUCAGUUCAAGCUGAGAGGGUAAUGAGUAACUGAGGGAGUGAAGUAACCCUCAUUUAAUUUUGGAGCGCAGUAGUUGCAUCUUCACUUAUGCACAUCGUCUGGGCCAGCACACAUACCUACAAUGCCCUUCAGACUGAACCCUCAAACAAAAUCAAACACCCACAUGUAACAGUGUUGUGAUACUGCCGCAAGACAUGCUCAAAGGAAAUCUGAAGGAUAUCUUGACUCAGGAGGACGACAACAUGGAUGUGGACACUUAGCUGAAAAUAUUUUAUUUGAGUUUCUUUUUUUUUCCAUUGAGAAAAUUGCAUCUUUACAAUAACAUUCAGCUCAUUCAGCUCUCCCAAAAAUGCUUGUCGUCCAUGUAAGACAAAUGCAUGAGAAGACAUGACAAUGCAUAGACUCUCGAUGGGGAAUCGGUUCAACACUGCAGCUGGAAUUGCUUGCCAGUUCAGUGAUGAAUGUGGUAUGAAUCUAUCUCGGCACAUUUAAAAGAAAUUGGACUGAAAGAGCACUCUGCAGUAUCCAAGCUCACCUUUUCUGAGGAGCAUGUUCUGCGGAGGGAGGAUAAAAGUGAUGUGAUGUGGAGCCAAGUAUGGUGUCCCAUAUUCAGAAUUUAACCUAUCCAAGUGUACACAUACACUCGGAGCAGAGAGCAGCCAUUUUUAUUUGCAGCACCCGAGGAGCAUAUGGGGGCUUGGCGCCUUACUCAAAGUUCUCACCUCAGUUGUGGUAUUGAGGGUGGAAGAGAGCGCUGGUUUUUCACUUCCCCCACCUACAACUCCUGACGGUACAGACUUGGACCUGCGACCUUUAGGUCUCAAGUCUGACUCUCAAACCACUAGGCUAUGACUGCCUGGUCCAAAGUUUCAUUUAUUGAUGAAAGUGAGUUAAAUUUAUUUGGGUCAAUUGGGAAACAUUAUGUUCUGCGUCAAACUGUGGAAAGACUGAACCCCGAGUGCAUAUAGUCAGCGAAAGGGGGAGGAGGAAGUGUCAUGCUUUGGGGGAUGUUUUGUGCAGCAGGAGUUGGACCUCUUCUACAGCUACAUGGCCAAUGUUUAUCAGAAUCUCCUUCAGCAACAUGUUCCUUCCCCGCAAACAUCUCCCAAUCAGCCUGCAAUUUUCAUGCAAGACAAUGCCCUCGUCACACUGCAGAACAGGUAAGGCAGUUCAUUGACGCUGAGAACAUUGAAAUAAUGAAAUGGCUGGCCCAGAGUCCUGAUCUAAACCCUACUGAAAAUCUCUGGAAAAUCCUUGGCAACAAAAUGAUGGCUAAGAAACCCACUACAGUUAUUCAACUAUUAAAGAGAGUGGAAGAAGAGUGGGCUAAGAUCACACAAGCAGUGAGAGAAACUAGUGAUGUCCUGCGGCCGUAGAUGUGCUAAAGAUGUGCUAAAAGGGCCUCUACACUUCCUACUAAUUUCUGACAACUGUAAACCUCCAAAAUGUUACUGUUCUCUAAAUUUGAUCACGCUGUA